UGCAAUUCUUCCGCCAUGAGCACAGCAUGCAUCAAGUCCGAGGUCAGUGUUGGCCCAGAGACCAAGCCAACCAUCAGAAAACGUCGAAGGAGGACGACAACGACAGGCGCGGCCGACGACUGCUUUGCAUGCCGGAAACGAAACGCCCCCUGUGACCGCAGGAGACCGUACUGUGGCCAGUGCCUCGAAAUGGGAAAAGAUUGCUCUGGAUACAAGACCACCUUGACAUGGGGUGUGGGUAUCGCUAGUCGAGGAAAGCUACGAGGCCUGACAUGUCCCGUGGCUGAGAAGGCCGAGGGUCCGGUUGGUGUCACCAAAAGGAACAGUCUAUCACAGCCUCGAAGGAAGCCUUCCACUACUGUACCUGCUUCCGAGCGACCCCCGCGUAUAAGCAUAACCACAAACACUGUGCCACCUACGUCUCAGGAACCUCUCCGCACUCCGUCCUAUGGCUUGUUAUCUCCAAACGACCCUCAACAGCCCAUCUUUUGGCAACCGAUACAGCAAUAUGCGAAUCCUGAUCUCACAUCACCGACCUCGCCUUAUGAGAAUCGCCAUCUAAUCCACCAAGGAAAUACUUCGGAGUAUCCCAUGACUCCCUCCUCGCUGAACUACAACGAUGGCCUACAGUCUUCUAAUAAUUACAAUCUUCUUGAGCCUACCUCUCAAUCUUGCCCUGAGUCUUUCCCUACAGACUCAGCUUUCUAUCCCGAUCCACCCUUGGAGGCUCCUACUGCUACCGACGACCUAGGGUUUACUCAACACCAAGAUACAUCAUUCUUCGAGCCUUCAUACGAUGCAACAGGCGCAGAUUAUGAUCAAAACGUGCAACCUGACGAAUUCGAGUACAGCAAUCUCGCCAUGACUUUGGCGACUUCACAACAACCUCUAAACACGCUGCCAGACCUGUCCAUAUCGAUUCCGAGGGCUAUGGCCACUUCGUUGUUCUACCAUCUUUCGCCAAGAAUGCAGUACCUGUUGGACUACUACGACAAGCAUAUCUGCUCUGUUCUUGUCGCCUUUGAUGACACGGUCAAUCCUUAUAGGAUGCAUAUCCUUCAGCUCGCUACACAUAACGAAGGUCUCCAAAACGCUCUUGCUGCUCUGUCCUUGAACAAUAUGCGUAUGCGACUGCAUAAGCGGGCUCCUGUCAAGGGGUUCAUAGAAGAGCUGGACGUGAAGCAACAAGAUGUCGACAACAGUAUUCUAGCUCGACCGUCACCCGAGGAAAGUUAUUACAAGUCCGUCUCGAUCGGUCAACUGCAGGCUCAAUUGGCAGAUGCGGUCAACGCUCAGGACGAUUCGGUCCUUGCUAUCUUGCUCAUUCUGUGUUUAUUCCAUGUUUGCGAUAGUGGCUUCUCCAAGUUCAAGACCCAGCUAGAGGGGGUUCAAAAACUGCUGUCCAUGCGUGAUCCUGGCGUCAGGACCGGUUUCAUUGGUUGGGUCGAGAUGUUCUUUGCUUGGUUCGAUGUCAUGACCUCGACUGUCAACGACAGAGAAACCGAAAUCCAGGGCGAUCGUCUAGACAUGCUUCAUUAUUCUUCGAAUCUCGGUGCUCUGGAGCAAUUCUCUGGAUGCGACGGUCGAUUGUUCAAGUUGAUCGCCCGCCUCGGCCGCCUGAAUCUUCUAUCGCAGAACAGACCAGUACGCCCAGAUCCACGAAACUCAAAGGCAUCAUACGGUGCCACGACAACUCCCAAGUAUAGGGAGCAGAACACCUUUCCAAGCUCAAGAGGAUGGCGUACACGUCCUCAUUUUGACCCAAUGGACUUCAGCCGCCUAGAUGGUAAUGGCUGGGGUGCUCUUUUGGCCGACCUUCCUGAGGAUAGUGACACAAUAUUCAGAGAACCUUCUGACACGCGACAAGAGUUUUGGAAGGAAUGGCAUGACAUUCGAUCUCGUCUGGAAACAUGGUCGAUGGAAAGUCCUUGCUUGUCGCCUACAGCCCUCGAUGCUCCAGCAGCUUCACUCGAGCCCGGACAAAGAGACUUGACACAUAUCAACGAGUCUUUCCGUUCGUCAGCACUUCUCUACACUGAGCGACUUGCUCACCCAUUCCUCCCCUCCUCAUCGCCAAAAUUCCAAGCGCACGUUCGCAACGCUCUCUCGCACAUUGCUGCGCUGGAAAUUACUUCAUGCGUCAACAAGUUCUUGCUUUGGCCUCUCUUCAUUGCAGGUACCGAAUGCGUCGACGCGGCUGAUCAAGCAUUAGUGCGUGACAGAUGCAUAGAAGUACAAAUCGAGAGCGGUUUUUUCAAUAACAUCUCCGUCUUGGAUGUCCUUGAAAAGGUGUGGGCCGAGAACGAGAAUCCAGACGUGCAGGACGCAGAGUCUGAUGAAGUUCAGCGCCGACGCGACAGUGCUAAGGAAAACGGCGAUCGUGUGCAAGCGUUCAGAUGGAGAAAGGCUAUGGACAGGGUUGAUGGCGAGUAUCUUGUCAUAUAAGACCAAAAGUUUGAAACAUAUGCAUUUGUGUGUACAUAUUUAUGUCGAGAAUUCAAGACCCAUGAUUACUGC